AAUGCCCGAGAUUUCGCUCGUUCUUAAAAUCGUCCAGGUCGCAGCCGCGCGCGUGGGGUACCGCUGCUCGAUAAUUGUGGAUGGCAUGUCAACUUUUCCUCCCCAAAAUUUUUGUCUACAGUCGCAUUGGCCAGUGCGGGUCCUGAUGAUGAUCUGAAGGGUGUUGGGUGCCACCGCAGAAACCAAUCGCUCUCCGCACUGACUCAGAACAAACCAGAGAGUCAUUCCGGGUCUCGCCUGCAAGUUCCAUUUCGUGACGUGUCCAGCUCAUUCGUGGAGGACAAAACGUCACCCUGGACACUCCGCCGCCCCGUUCGGAAUCAUCACGAUGGUGAACGUCGCCGUUGUAGUGAUGGGGGACUUCGGUCGAUCGCCUCGAAUGCAGUACCAUGCGCUAUCCCUCGCGAAACACGGGAUCAAGGUUUCUGUUGUCGCAUCGCAAGGAUCCCCUCCGAUCCGAGAGCUGCAGAAUCAUCCGUGCGUGGAUUUGCAUCUCAUCAAAGAUCUCAAAUUUGAAGCUUGGCCCCGACUUCUCCGAUACGGUCUCAAGGCAAUAUACCAGACGCUCAUGCUGCUAUGGCAUCUUUUCCUCACGAUACCAUCGCCUUCGGCCGUCCUGGUCCAGAACCCGCCGAGCGUUCCCACCCUACCGUGCGUGUGGUUUGCGUGUAAAGUUCGCCGAUCGAAAUUCGUGCUCGAUUGGCACAACUACGGUUACAGCAUUCUUGCCAUGAACGUCCGCAGAGAGAACUCCCUUGUGAAAAUCUACCAUUGGAUCGAGUUCUUCUUCGGCCGCAGAGCGGACUGCGGUUUCUGCGUCUCAGAAGGAAUGAGGAAAGAUCUUCUUGAGAAAGGCAUAAAUAAUAUCGUCGUUCUCCACGACAAGCCGCCCCUGAGGUUCCAGCCUCGAGACUGGAACGAGCCGGAUCAGCUCCAAGAAGUCCACGAUCUCUUGGUGAGACUCAGUGAGAGCGACCGCGAUUUACAACGGCUCGCCACGAGCCCCCACGAAACGGUCCUGACGAGAAUGAACGAAGACAAGCUCGAGCUGAAGUCUCGCCGUGAGAGACCAUUCCUACUUUUGAGCAGCACGUCGUGGACAGAAGACGAAGACUUCGGUCUUCUUUUGGCAGCUUUGAGUAAAUACGACAAGGCCGCUUCUGAGGACGCACCCGACAUUCUGUGUGUCGUCACAGGGAAAGGACCUCAGAAGGAGUUCUACCUCGAGAAGAUCUCAGGGAUGAAGUUGAAGAAAGUUCACAUCCUGACACCGUGGCUCGAAAUCCAGGAUUAUCCGAUGCUUGUUUCGAUCUGUGACCUGGGAGUGUGUCUGCACAAGAGCUCGAGCUCGCUGGAUCUGCCCAUGAAAAUUGUCGACAUGUUUGGCUGUUGUGUUCCAGUUUUAGCUUGGAACUACAAGUGCAUAUCCGAGCUGGUGAAAGUCGACCAGACGGGUCUGCUCUUCGAGAGCUCGGAUCAGCUGUGCAAACACCUGAUAAAGAUGUGUGAUAAUAGAAACAUAGAGAUCCUCAAUUUGUGGAGGAGGAACAUCAUGGCUUGGCAGGAGACACGAUGGGAGCGCAACUGGGAUUCGGUUGCUCGGGGAAUCUUCCUUUGAGCAGCAGCACCCUCCCCUUCAAGUCAUCGGGAGCCUAAUGUAACUUAAUGAUGUUGUUGACGCACCGAGAGCGUAGAAGCAAAUAAA